AUGAGUCAGAAAACGACUAAGGAGGGCCCCAGACUCUCCAAGAACCAAAAGUUUUCAGAACACUUCAGCAUACAUUGCUGCCCACCAUUCACCUUCCUCAACUCGAAGCGUGAGAUCGUGGAUCGGAAAUACAGCAUCUGUAAAAGUGGCUGCUUCUACCAGAAGAAAGAAGAGGACUGGAUCUGCUGUGCCUGCCAGAAGACCAGACGCCGUGCAACGUCCCCUCAGAAGCCCAAGCAUCAGCCUGCUGCACCCCCCGCGGUGGUCAGAGCACCAGCCAAGCCACGGUCCCCUCCGAGGUCCGAGCGUCAACCACGCCCCCGCCCAGAGGUCCGACCACCACCAGCCAAGCAGCGCCCCCCUCAGAAGUCCAAGCAGCAGCCGCGCAGCAGCCCCCAGAGAGGGCCAGGCACCAGCCGUGGGGGGUCCCCCAUCAAAGCUUCUAGGUUCUGGUAA